GUCUUUGCCUCACCAUCUCCAUAUCUGAAGCCUGGAGCAAAGAGAACCGCGAGCGGCCCCGUUCUGCAACUCGUCUGCUUAGCCAUUUCAUUCUACCGCAUUCCUUUGGGUCCAACUAGAUCCCACAUCCUUCCUCUCUAUAACCUCCUACCUACCUUUGGUAGAGCUCGGCCUUGUUCCUUGAUGAUCUUCACUUCCGAUACAUUCCUUUCGGCCGCGCUUUAUUCAGCGCCAAGCAGGAUGGAAGAUUGAUCGCAUUUAGUUACUUGGAACGACAGCAUGCCUAGAUCUCGUUAUGCCAGAUUCAAUCCCUUUGGGGGCUCUGAGUUGACCGCCAGUCCGAUUUCCGAAGAGCCCCUCCAAUUUUCCAACAUCAUUCCCGAUUCCGCAUUCAAUCCUCUGCCUGGAAGCUCGCCCAGCGACGAAGGAGCGGACAGAUACUCGAAGAAGCAGCGGGCUAGAUUUAGUGAUCGGCAAAUUUCGAGCAAGUCGACUGGUGACGUCCCUUACGGCGCCCUUGAAGGAGGCAGACCUCCCAGACGUCGGACAACAAGCAGUUCACUAUACAGAGUCGCUUCUUCUGUUCGCGACUUCGCCGUCUCCCAUUUCAAUGUCCCCGCGGUAGCAGCGCCGUGGGAGCAUGGACUCCCUGAGAAAUAUGGCUCAAGCUUGCCCCCAUCCAACACUGUCCGCUAUUUUGAUUACCGGCGGCAGCGGCGGAGACUGUUCAUCAACAGCAGUUUCCAAUGGCUCAUUACAGCUCUUAUCUGCGCCGCGAUGGCGGGAUGCUUGUAUGGCUUUUCCACCAUCAUAACUGGCCUGAGCGCUACGCGCAAGCAAGUCUUCAAUGCCUUGGUGACCGGGUUGUCAUUAUGCUUGGGUCUCAAUCUUGCUUCCUCGUUAAGCGGCUACGCGCAGAUGAUGCGUUGGCGUUUCCUGGCCUCGGGCUAUCGCACGCUGCAGGAUUUCGAGCUUGUCAUGAACUGCGAUAGCCAGUCCAAAGUAUUCCGCCUGAUCUGGGCUGGACGGACGCGUGGGAGGCGACUGCCCAACAAGACCCAGGUUCUCGCCGUGGUGUGGUUGUUGAUCAAUAUCGCCGUGCAGAUUUUCACGGCCCUGCUCGGAUUGACCUAUUCGAUCGAUGUCAGUUCCGAGUUCGUUCGCCUGACUUUUGGAAACGUCAGCGUGGCGGACGUCUCUUACAUCGGUAACGCUCAAAGUAUAUAUCUCUACGACCACAAUCAAACCGACGGCAACUCGAUCCUCGCCGAAAUGGCUGCCGCAAAUGAAUGGGGUGUUACCGGCCAGGACUUUAACAUCUUUGAAAUUCCGUUUGACGAAUACUUGGGCCAUCAGCAGUCCAUCUACACAGACGGAAGUUUCUUCUGGUAUCGUUUCAUCGACCGCUCGCCGCUCGCCUUGUCACUGACAGCCGUCACCGAACGCACGGUGAACACCACAGCGACGUGCCAAUCGUUCCCAGUCACUUACGGCGGCUAUGCCGGGUUUCAGACGGACAACGCCUCUCUCGCAAACGACCUGACCUGGGUCGACGCCAAUGGGGAGGAGCAUACGUGGUGGAUCCCCGAGACGGCAACGGGUGCAACGACUUGGAUGUCGAACCUGACGAGCGACUGCGGACCUCGAUGCCUCCAGAUUUACGCCCUUCAGAGCGCAGACAACAUCACAGACAGUGUCCCGAAGCCGCGGUUCUGGACCUGCUACUCCAACGUCUCCCACGUGGACAACGCCGACCUGUACAUCGACCCGGACCAGUACCAGAUCGCUGACACGCAGGCCCAGAUCCUGGCCGGGGCGAUCGGCUGGUCCGGGUCGGUGAUGGCCGCGCGCGACAACUCGACGGCGGCGUUGGAGGAGUCGAACCUGCAAUUCGUGCAAUAUCCCGUGUCCAGCCAGUGGAGCCCACCGGGCAACUACACCGCGGACGACAUGGCGCUGCUGGUGUCGAAGUUCACCGCGGGGGCCAUCGCGGCCAUCGACACCAACGGCCCACGCCGCAACGUCACGGGCUUCGGCCCCGCCCCGGCCCAGGUCCUCAACGUGCAGUGGCGGUACGCCGGCUCGAUCCUGGGCGCGAUCCCCGUGGCCCAGGGCCUGGUGCUCCUCGCGGUAAUCCUGCUCGCGGACAAGGCCAUCAUCAAGGACACGAGCCACCUGGCCAUGGCCCGGCUGUUGAGACCUGUCGUGGACAAGCUCGGCGACACCGGGUGUCUGCUGACCGGCGACGAGAUCGCGGAGCGCCUGGGCAACCUCCGCGUUAUCUACGGCGUCCGGGACCCGGACGAUGGCGUGCACGGGCACGGACUGGGCGUCACCGGCACCGGCACCGGCGACGACGGCAGGGUCAGGCACCUCGACAUCAUCGAGGAGACCGAGGGCCUGGGCUACCGAAGGGGCCGGAUGCCCGAGGGGAGGUAUGAUGGCGUGUACCCCUUCAGGGAAGAUGAGACGGAGCCGCUCCUGUUGGCGAGCAGAGAGGCCGAGGCGGUGUCUUCACCGGAGGGGGAAAGGACAGCGACGGGCAUAUAUGGCGGUGGAAAUAUCUUGAGGUCAAGGAGGCAGUGGACCAGGCGCAGGAUGAGCAUUUAAAUGAGGCAUUGGAUGAUGGAGUUGAAUAUGCCAGUGCGACGAUUUAACGAUUCUGAACCCCAGCACCGUCUAGCUACAUGUAGUGGUCUAUAUAUAGGUAGAGAAUGUACUAUUCCUCAGUUGAGUAC